UGUCCCAUAUUCUGCGUCGAUCAACCGCCGUCGCUAACCCCGUUGUGCCCCCGUGCAGCCAGCAUCGACUUGGACGAAUGUAUAGAACGCUUAUAUAGGAAGGAACUGUUGGCAGACUCGGUCAUUGAGGCAAUAUGUGCCAAGGCAAAGGAGCUGCUCAUGAAGGAGAGCAAUGUCGUGCAUCUGGCUGCUCCCGUCACUGUGGUCGGGGACAUCCACGGCCAAUUCUUCGACAUGAUCGAAAUCUUCAAAAUCGGAGGGUUCUGUCCUGACACGAACUAUCUCUUUUUGGGUGACUACGUCGACCGCGGUCUGUUCAGUGUCGAAACCAUCUCCCUUUUGAUCUGCUUGAAACUACGAUACCCGUCCCGCGUCCACCUAAUCCGAGGAAACCAUGAGUCUCGAGGCGUCACGCAGUCGUAUGGAUUCUAUACGGAAUGUGCUAGGAAAUACGGAAAUGCCAACGUUUGGCAUUACUUCACCGACAUGUUUGACUUUCUCACUCUCAGCGUCGUGAUCAACGACCAGAUAUUUUGUGUGCAUGGGGGCCUGUCGCCCUCAAUCCAUUCCAUCGACCAGAUCAAGAUCAUCGACCGGUUCCGCGAGAUCCCGCACGAAGGGCCCAUGGCAGACCUGGUCUGGUCAGACCCAGAUAUCGAGCACGACGAAUUUUCCUUGUCGCCCCGAGGCGCUGGAUACACAUUUGGUGCGCAGGUGGUGCGGAAAUUUCUUGAAGUGAACAAUAUGUCCCAUAUUCUACGUGCGCACCAGCUCUGCCAGGACGGCUAUCAGGUUUUAUACGACGACCAGCUGAGUACGGUCUGGAGUGCACCCAACUACUGUUACCGAUGUGGCAACUUGGCUAGUGUUCUCGAAGUGAGUGACUCGGGGGAGAGGUUUUUCAAUAUUUUCGAUGCUGCUCCCGAGAACGAGGCACACCGCAACGAGCAACAGACACAACAAAACAAGGAUGGUCAGAACGCGGUUGUUGAGUACUUUUUGUGA